AUGAUGAAUAAUAUAUUAUCAUCUAAUGAAGACUCUAACUCAAUCACUGAUGAACAAGAGAGUGUUGAUUUAACAGAAGUAGUUCCAUCAUCACUAAAUACAGACAUCAUAAUACAGAGUAAUAAUGAUACAACAGCCGAUGAUAAUAAUCAUGAUAUAAGAAAUAAUAUUUCCCCCUAUUCAAACAUUCCAAUAACAUCAGAAGAUGCGAAUGACAAUAUAACUGAAACACAUCCUAAUGAAAUAAUUAAUGCUAAUAGAGAAUCAGAUAACGCAUCUAUUAUUGAAGAUAGUAUUGAUAAUUUCAAUGAGGACAGUGAAAGUAGAUCAGAAAUUGAACCAGAUAGUAGUACAAUAACAAUUAAUGAAAGAGAUAAUAUGUAUAAAAGACCCAGAGAAGAAGUUGAUGUACAGGAUAAGGAAACAGACAGUACAUCAAAUAAUGAUAUUAUAGAAACUAGCUCAUCCAGAUUAUCAUUCUCCAAGAAAAAUUUACAAUCUUUAGUUGGUCACAGAAGUAAUAUUACAAACCUAAUCAUAGCAUACCAACUUAUCUACAAGAAAGGAAGUCUGAUCCUGUAA